CCUCCCUGCCCACCUCGGCCGAGCCCCGCAGAGCCCAACCAAGCGAGCGCGGCGCGAUGGACGGCCGAGUGCAGCUGAUCAAGGCCCUCCUGGCCCUGCCCCUGCGGCCCCAGCCGCGACGGUGGAGGAACCCGAUUCCCUUCCCCGAGACGUUCGACGGCGACACCGACCGGCUCCCGGAGUUUAUCGUGCAGACGGGCGCCUACAUGCUAGUGGACGAGACCCUGUUCUCCAGCGAUGCCCUGAAGGUGACGUUCCUCAUCACCCGCCUCACGGGGCCGGCCCUGCAGUGGGUGAUCCCCUACAUCAGGAAGAAGAGCCCCCUCCUCAAUGAUUACCGGGGCUUCCUGGCCGAGAUGAAGCGGGUCUUUGGAUGGGUGGAGGACGAGGACUUCUAGGCCAGGAGACCCUCGGCCUGGGGGCGGGUGCUCGGGGAGGGUCCGCUGCGCCAGUGGCCGCCGCCCAGAUCGCGACAGGCGUCCUCCCGCCACGCCUCCCCCUCCCUUACCUUCGAGUCGCCGCGAUCUCCCCCGCGCUCCUGUCCCCUCCCGCGUAGUGCUUGCCUCUGUUCCAGGAAUAGCACUCCAGGUUCCCGCUGCUGCCGCUGGGCCUCGCUCUGGAGCGCGCCGCCGCCGCCCCCUCUGGCCUGCCCGGGCCCUCCCGUGCACACUUGGCUCUGCCUGUGCUCCAGCUGCAAGCUGGGCUCCGGUUACCCUCUGGACAGACCACUCACAGCCCGCCCCCUUGCCGGACUCCCGGGCCUGCAUCGAUGUGCCCAGAGACCUGCGCUGCCGCCGCCAUCACCAUCCACCGCAUCCCACCGACAGACUGCAGCCUCCAGCGAUCUGGACUCACCCGGGAGGUGUCUGAGCAGGCCACGGCCCCUGGACCACGAUUCAGACAGCCCACUGCCCCCCCUGUGAAGGGGCCGCCAGCCUUUCACCGUCAGCGGGACCCAUUUCCUCCCUACUCCCAGAGACAACUUCUGCUCCUGCCAGAUGGCCGCCAGGUCCCAGGAGUGCCUGGCAGCUAAAUCGAGCCACUUGUUUUCUCCUGUGGACCUGUUAGUUUUGCCCAGAAUCCAGUUCUCUCCUGAAUUUGCAGCUGUCUCUCUGAUGUGUGCCUUUUGUUCAACACAGUCACCCCUGCACUCUGCCCGGCUCUUCUACACUACCUGGACAAAAGUCUUUUCCUUAUUUUCAAUAAAUGUCAGACGCUAUUAAAAAAGAAAUUGAGUCUCAAUGACUGUGGUGCCUCUCCCUCCCUGGUCCAGUACCUGGGGUCCGUGUCUUGUUCAGCAGGUAUGUCCCCUGCCAUUGUGUGGCUGAUGUUGAGUCUUCAUCUAAAACAGAAAAGAUAAUCGGUGGUGGUCCCGGUGAUGGGGACCCUGCUAGUAGAUCAUUCAAUCCCAGAUGCUGACUCUUCUGAACCACUCAGUUCCAUGAAGCAACGGACCUUGAUCUGAUUUUGGCCAAGGUGAGGUAAAGAGAAGCGAGCCAGCAUGCUGUUGGCAAAGAUUUCCUCAUUUCUAAGAAGCUGCUGGGAAGCACACCACCUGACUUUUACAAGCCAUAAAUCCUACACAUUUGUUGCUGAGCACCUGCCAUAGUUUUCUUUAACCCAUUUUUCAGGGAACCAGCAGAAUGACAGGUGCUUCAGAAAAAACAUUUACAUUUAUAGAGUCUGAGUGUGUGAGUAGUGGAGAAAGGAAUGUAGCACUGAGAUGGUUAGUUUAGGUACAAACCUGGUUGAUCACCUGCAGGACAAUAAAAUUGUAACUUUAAUGGG